UAUGUCUGCCCGGUCUGCCGUUCCCGUUGAUGUGAAAGACCGCGCUUUUGCCGGCAGCAAGAUGCCGAUUCCACAAGAGGAGCGGACGAAGCGGCGAAUCCGCAGCGUGUCAUGGUGUCUGAUGUGCCAUGCAGCCGCCUAUGCGUGUUUGCAAUCGGUGCUUUUGUUCAGCCCUUUGCACCCCAUCAACUGGCUCUCCAGCUCGGUCAAGAGCGUUCUCUCGCUCAGGUUCCUCGCGUUCAUGGCCGAGGUGUGCGUGCUGACCGCCGUCCAAGCCAUCCUCAUCUCACAAAGUCUGUCCAGCACAGCGCAGACCGUCCGGCUGUCCAAGAUCAACCAGCUUGUGAAAGAUGCCAACUGGAGGAAAAAGAACUCGGCGCUCUCUCUGGCGUCGAAAACUUUCCGGACUGUAGUCGACGUCGUCACUGACCUGCCCUUGAAGACUUUCACAGGAGACCAUCUGAAAAUUUUGCUCAGCAACACCGUGACAACACUUUUGAUCGGACUUUUCCUUUCGGACUCAAACAACAACCCCAUGCUGCAGAGUUUCUUCUUCCUGAUGGCCGGCACUUUUGUGACCGUCCGCACCACCUACGGUCUGCACCCUCUCGAUGCCGUACCUGUAGUCAACCUUCCCUUGUGGACCCAAGUCAAGUCCAUCUUUAAAGAAACACCAAAAACCCUUUUCCUUCCCACCCUGAAAAGUUUCAUCGGCCUAAAUGCCUUCAUUCUGAUCUACCAACUGCUGGUCUUUGUUUGGGCAGAAGAUUCAAACUUCCUGGCCAUCUUCAGCUACCUCAGCAUCUCCUUUUUGCUCAAAACCUUCUGCAUUUUCUACUUUUUGGUGCUGCUCCUCUCCGUGAACAACCGAGUCACCGAAGCCGUCUUCCUCACCAACUGGUACUUCCCCAUCGAAGCCACAGAGGAAGGACAACUAAGUCUGUUUGCAGCUCUCGAGUCAACCAAACAACUCAAACUGGCCGCCAGUCGCUAUCUGCUGUUCAUUUCCGAGCUCGAUGUUCUCCGACGUUCCGAGCUUUGGGUCAUCAGCCAGCCUGGAGGACACCCGACUAGAUUCAACAAACUGAUGCAGAUCUUCUCCGACUCGGUGCAAAAUUUCCAAAAGGACUUUGAUUUGAAGAAGGACCAUGCCCAGAAGGCUCCAAUCAAUUCAAUUCAAUCCAAUUCAAUUUAUUUUUCUCCAAACAAGUCAAUACAAUCAAUUGUGAAAAAAUUCAAGAAUCUUUCCUUCAAUGGCAACAGCUUUGGCUCUCCUCUACUUUCGAGCACCCCAAAUCAGCCGAGCACUCCCGUCCAGACUGCCCAACCAAUGUCCAGAUUCAGAGGCCUUCUGUACCAGACUCCGCAGACGCCGACCAUCCGACCCAUGGAAUCGAUCCAGUCUCCCCUUCGACUGGUCCCUGUCAAAACUGUACCAAACGAACCUUUUGAAGUUCCCACCAAGUUCGAGGCAGCCAUGAAAAGUGUCCAGGAAUUCUUCAAGGCUGACCCGGAAACUGAAAUGACUCAUGACUUUGCCAACAUUUCAAAGCUGGUCACUGCAGUGAUGGCGGAGGCGCCUUUCUUGUCCUUCAUGGUCUCUGCCGUUUCGAACUUGGUCCUAGCGUCAGUGGUCGAGGACAAGUUUGGCAUUGUGCAGAUCAAACUCCAGGAGAUUAUCUCACCCCUGAUCACCCUUCUGCACACAAUCGAGCAGAGGAUCGCCCUGGGUUCGGCCCUGAGCAGCAAAAUGAGUGCCAGCGAUGUGGCCAAGGUAAACAGAGCCAUGGAUCUGGUGCAGGACGCCACCUCGAGGGCCCUAGGCAAAAUCUGCAAGACUUUUGGUGAAAGCCUGCUCGAUCUCAAGUGGAGUGACAAAGAGAGGGAAACUAUGACCCUUUACCUUUGAUUUCAGCUCACAGUGUCAUCACUAACAUUUUAAAACACUUAUGUGCAUGUUUAAAGACAUCUUUAUAAACAGUGGAACUGAAAUUUUUACUGAUUCAAUAAAAUGGAAAUUC